AUGGAUGCGCUUAGGAAACAGCUCGAUGUAUUGAUGGGCGCGAACCGAAACGGCGACGUUCAGGAGGUGGCCCGAAAAUAUUAUGAUCGUGAUGUCUGCCGUCUCUUCCUCGCCGGUGUUUGCCCUCACGAGCUGUUCCAACUCACUAAAAUUGAUAUGGGCCCAUGCCCCAAGGUGCACUCGUUGCAGCUGAGGAAAGAAUAUGAGGAAGCAAAAGCAAAGGGUGUUGAUAAUUAUGACAGAGAUUUAGAGGAUACAAUAGACAGGCUUAUUGUUGAGUGUGACCGUAAGAUUUCUAGGGCUCUAAAGAGACUUGAUGAAGAGGAUGCUAAGGCAGCUAUAGCCAUCUCAGUAUCAGAAGUUACCCAGACCCCAGAGGCCAUUGAGUUGUCCAAGCAAAUUAAAGAGAAAUUGAAAGAAGUUGAUAGACUUGAUUUUGAAGGCAACACAGACAUGAAGAUUCGGGCUGUGGAAGAGCUUGAAGAACUAAGAGUUAAAAGAGCAGACAUGCAGGCAAACCUUCUGCUGGAUGCUUUCAACAAAGAUCGUGCAUCUCUUCCUCAGCCCCUGACUAAUGCUUCUCAAGUGACACCGUUGCCAGUAGCUGUUCCAGAUCCACGCAUACAGGAAAUGAUUAACGAGAAGCUUAAGAAAGCUGAAGAUCUUGGUGAACAAGGAAUGGUCGAUGAAGCACAGAAAGCAUUGGAAGAGGCUGAAGCACUAAAAAAGCUGCCAGCAGCGCCACAGGAACCUGUACUUGACUCCUCAAAAUACACAGCAGCGGAUGUGCGCAUCACAGACCAGAAGCUUCGGGUCUGUGACAUUUGUGGAGCAUUCUUGAGCGUUUAUGAUAGUGAUCGUCGUUUAGCAGAUCAUUUUGGUGGAAAGCUUCACCUAGGUUAUAUGCAAAUACGUGAAAAGCUAGCUGAACUUCAGGAAGCAAAGGACGCAAAACUUAAAGCCCUCAAAGAAGAGAGAAGAUCGAGAGAUAGGGAGCGUGAGAGAGAACAUAGCAAGGACCGCGGUAAUGGUAAUAACAAUGAUCUCGGGAGGGAUUAUGAUCGUAGGAGCAGGGACCGUGACAGGCAUCAUGACCGUGGCCAACGUUAUGACCGUGAGCGCGAAAGAGGGAGAGACAGCACCAGUUCUCGUGGGUUUGACUCGAGGAGUCGCCAUAGGUCUCGUUCCCAUUCCCGAGAACGGGCGAGAGAUUAUGAUCGCCACAGGCGUCGAUACUAG